UAGCUGUUUUCGAGCCGAAUUCAUUAUCAAUGGUUUUUUGUAUACAUUUGGCAACGCUGCAAGUCAGCUGUUUUUUUUCUAAUGGUACUUUUGAAUCUUGAAAUUCCGAAAUUAUUUGGAUAUAUGAAUGGCUAAAAAGGUGUGCCGACUUUGUUUGGAGGAAGGCCUUACGGAGGUCGCCUUAGCUGGACUAGUUAUAUUUAUAGAAGAGCAUUUCAAAGUGAAGAUGGAGAACUGUCAAGUCGAUCCCAUACAACAAUUUAUAUGCCAUAGCUGCUGGAAACAGGUUGAAGAUUUUCGAUGUUUUUGUCUCAUGAUAGAAGAGAAGCAAAAAUUGUAUCAAAAGCAACUACAAUUAAAAGAAGAGCGACUGGAAACUAAUCCUGACUCGGAAUCGGAGUCGCUAUUCGAACCUCAAAUUGAUGUGGAACCUUUGGCUAAUAUUAUUGAAGUCAAUAUAAUUGACGAUGAAACUAACCCAAUAAAGAAGAAGAACAAGGAAAAGAAGUCCAGCGCAGUAAGGGCGCUACGACUUGGACUUCGAUUGCGCUCAACAAAAGUUAAGGAUAAACCUAUUGCCAAGCGUAAACCAGCCCCAGAUCAAGAUAGAAAUGCAGAUCCGAAUCACGAAAACGACCUUUUGAUAUCUACACAUGGCCGACUCGAAUGUGUUUUGUGCGUAGAGUCGCCGCCCCCUUCUCUGACCACCUUUGCUGAUCUAAAGCGACAUUAUCGAGCACAUCAUCAGUGCGACGGAUAUGUGGAAUGCUGCCAUAAGCGAUAUAAAAAAAGAUCACUCUAUGUGGAUCAUCUUCGUAUGCACAAGGAUCCCAGUUACUUUAGAUGCAAAACAUGCGGCAAACAAUUGGUCAGUCGCAUAAGCUAUGAUGUUCAUAUGCUGCGAUUUCAUUCGAAGGAGGAAUCUUUGAGAUUUGCCUGCAGUCAAUGUACAAAACGUUUUAGCAAACGCUUUCUAUUGGAAAUACAUUCUCGUGUUCAUCGAAGUGACAAGACGGAUCAAUGUGUACAUUGCCAUAGAUACUUUGGCUCUUCUGUCGCUUUGCGCUCCCAUAUCCGCCGCUUCCAUGAUCCAAACUUUGUGCCCUUCAUAUGUGAGUCGUGCGGCUCCGAGUUUAAGACAAAACAAAAUUUAGAAGUGCACAAACGUACAGUGCACCUAGAGGGACCGCAAUUACCCGAGGUUCAAUGCGAAGUUUGUCAGAAAUGGCUACGAGACGAGAACAGUCUGCGGAAGCAUAUGUACAUGCAUGUGGAUGCUGCUUCGGCCAAGACCUAUAAGUGCGAACAAUGUGGACAGGAGAAAGACUCACGUGUUAAAUUAGCUGCCCACAUACGGUAUCAUCAUCCCAAAGAGUAUCACAAGUGUUCGGUAUGUGACAAACAGUUCAAAAAUGUGCGAGGAAGGGAUGAGCAUAUGGCUACCCACACGGGACGUGAUCUCUAUGAAUGUGCGUUCUGCGAUCGCACAUUUAAAAAUUCGGGCAAUAUGCAUAAGCAUCGGAGGCAGAUGCAUGUCACCGAAUUGGCAGAACUGCAGGAACAAAAGACAAUGCGGCCCAGCAAGCGAAAUGCACUGACAAAGCAGGAGAAUUUAGAAUUAAAAUCCUCUUAGGCGCAAUAAUGUAAAAAACAAACUUAUUUUAUACUUUCAUUUGUAUUAAACGAAAUUACAUAUAUAUAAUUUCAUUCAGUUCGUAAUAUGUUUAACUUAA